AUGACAUCUCUCUACUCACCUACUGCCACUGAUGUCAAGCAACGACUUCGACCAUUCGGUUUCUUCUUUGAGAAAUCACUAAAGGAUCUCAUAACGGGUAUCAGAUCGCAUAAUGACACACCCGAAAAGCUGGAUAGGUUUCUAUCAGAAAUUCUAAGAGAAUGUAGGGAGGAGGCCAAUUCUGCAGAUUUAAAUCUGAAGACCAACGCAAUUUUGAAGUUGACUUAUUUGGAAAUGUACGGUUUCGAUAUGUCAUGGUGUAAUUUCCAUAUCUUGGAAAUAAUGAGUAGUAAUAAGUUGCAACAAAAAAGGGUAGGCUAUUUGGCUGCAUCACAAUCUUUCUAUAAGGACCCCGAUAUUUUAAUGUUGGCCACUAAUUUAUUGAAAAAGGAUUUAAAAUACUCAGGGAAUAAUGAUGUCGUAAAAGUUGGGAUUGCAUUAAGUGGAUUAUCAGCCAUUGUAACACCGACGCUAGCGGCAGAUAUUGCAGAUGAUCUUUUUGCCAUGUUGAAUAGUUCCAAGCCAUAUAUUAGAAAGAAAGCUGUUACCGCAUUGUUUAAAGUAUUUUUACAAUAUCCUGAGGCAUUAAGAGAUAAUUUCGAUAAGUUUGCCCUUAAAUUGGAAGAUGAAGAUACCACGGUGGUCUCUGCCACUGUUAGUGUUAUUUGUGAAUUAUCUAAGAAGAAUCCAACCCCAUUUAUUCAGUUAUCCCCCAUGUUAUAUGAAUUAUUGAUAAAUAUAGAUAAUAACUGGAUAAUAAUUAGAUUAUUGAAACUGUUUACAAAUCUAUCACAAGUGGAACCAAAAUUAAGACCAAAACUUUUACCGAAGAUUUUAGAAUUGAUGGAAGCUACCGUCGCAACAUCAGUGUUAUAUGAGUCUAUUAAUUGUAUUGUCAAGGGGGAUAUGUUAAUUAAUGAUGAUUACGAUACAGCAAUGUAUUGUUUAGAUCAUUUAGAAAAGUUUUGCAAUUCAAAAGAUCCAAAUUUAAGAUAUAUUAGCUGCAUCUUAUUUUACAAGAUUGGAAAGAUUAAUACAAAUUUUAUAUCUCGUUUUUCUAAUUUGGUAUUACAUCUUUUGGUGGAUGUAGAUAUUUCAAUUAGAUCGCGUGCAAUUGAAUUACUGCAAGGUAUUGUCUCUCAAGAUAACCUCAAGAAAAUAGUAACUACUUUAAUGAAACAAUUCGUUAGCGAAGAUACUAUUGUCCUACAAGAUAAUCCAUCGACCUUUAGAGCUUCUAGAGAAAUUCAAAUCUUUGUCCCCGAUUCAUAUAAGGUAAAAUUGGUGGAUACGAUUAUCACAUUAUGUUCUUCAAAUAAUUAUGCAAAUGUGUCAGAUUUUGAAUGGUUAAAUGCUGUUCUGUUAGAUUUAGCCACAAUAUCACAAGAUUUACCUGAUGCUCAACUUGGCUUAAAAUUAGGGAAACAAUUUAGAACAAUUAUGGUUAAAAUCCCCAGUAUGAGAAGUGUCAUUAUUACAUCAAUAAUUAAUUUAAUAGCGGAUGAAAACAUUAGUAUUAGACUUCCAUCCGUAUUAGAGGGAUGUAUUUGGUCAUUAGGUGAGUUCUCAAAUGUUAUCGAAAAUGGAGAUGCUCUUGUAAAAUUACUAAUAAGGAAUGGACAUUCAUAUUCUUCCAAUGUUCAACAGGUAUUAAUCCCAGCUUUAGUCAAGAUAUUUAGUAAUUGGGUUAACAGACAAGCAGAACCAGAUAUGGAAAUAAUUAAGAUUUUAUUACAUGAACUUGUGAAAUUUUUUGAGGUUUUAUCAUCAUCCAAAUAUUUUGAAGUUCAGGAAAGGAGUGUUGAAGCAACAGAGAUACUGAGGUUGAUAUCGGAUGCAAUUACAUCGAGUGAUGAAGAAUUACCGUUAUUAUUAACUGAGGUUUUGCCCAGUCUCUUUAAUACGUAUGAACUCAAACCUAUAUCUGAAGGUCAACAGAAACUUUUGACAGGGAAUAUUAAUAUAGACUUAGAAACACCAUUUUUAACGCAAGAGGAGCUUGAAGACAUUUUGCGUUCUUCUGAAGAUUCACAUACUCUAACAAGAUCUUUAAGUUCACUUUUAAGAGACUCUGCUACCCCAACUGAAUCCGAGAGAGAGGACGAAUAUAAACAAGAAACUUCGCCUGACAGUCAGAAUGCUUUAUCAACGGGGCAGAGGAAGAAAGAUCGUCUUUCAAAUCCCUUUUAUCUUGACCAUGAAGAAUCGUUGAAUACUAACGCCGAUGACGAGAUAACUAAUGCAGAAAAUGCACAGGAACAUGAUGAUGCCAAGCAUAAAUCUAAAUCCAAAAAGAAGGGAGAAAAGAAAAAGAAAAAGAAAAUAGAUAGCUGUAGAAGUCAUACCAGACGAAGUACUCCAGCCGAUUGUUGGAGAUGA